AUGAGAAGAAAUCAUAGCAUGGUAAAUAACUUCCUGUUGCUGGGAUUCUCUGAUUUGCCAGGUUUGGAGGGUUUGUUCUUCUCUGCCUUUCUGACCAUCUAUCUGUUGACUCUGACUGGCAAUGCUCUCAUAAUUAUUGUCACAUUGGUUGACCAAACACUCCACAACCCCAUGUUUUUUUUUCUCAGAAAUCUGAGCUUUCUGGAGAUAUGCUACACCUCAGCUAUUGUCCCCAAAAUGCUUGAAAACCUACUGUCAGAGGAUAAAACCAUUUCAUUCAUUGGUUGCGCCUUUCAAAUGAACAUCUUCCUCAUUACAGGGGCAGCAGAAUGCUUCCUUUUGGCUGCCAUGGCGUACGACCGCUAUAUUGCCAUUUGCCACCCUCUGCGUUACACCCUCAUUAUGAGUGACAUAGUGUGCUCUGAGCUGGUGACAUCCUCAUGGUUGGCUGGAAUCCCAAUGCAAGUUGGCCAGACUGUCCUGGUUUUCACCUCUCAUUUCUGUGGCUCAAAUAAAAUCAACCAUUUCUUCUGUGAUUUCCCUGCUGUGAUCAAACUAGUAUGUGGCAAUACCUCUAUCAAUGAGCAUAUAUCCCUGUUAGAGGUAGCAGUACUUGGACUAAUCCCUUUUGCUUUGAUUUCCAUUUCAUACAUGUGCAUUGCUUCCACUGUUCUGAAGAUGCCAACUGUUGAGGGAAGGCGCAAGGCUUUCUCAACAUGCUCCUCACACCUCAUGGUGGUGAUGUUUUUCUAUGGCUCUGGAAUCACAGUGUAUUUGAAACCAAAAUCGAGCAAUUCUUUGGAUACAGAAAAAUUCCUCUCCCUCUUUUACACUGUCCUACCACCGUUGUUAAAUCCUCUUAUUUACAGUUUGAGGAACAAGGAAGUCAGAGAGGCACUCAGGAAGCUCUGGAAAAGAAAAAGUAUUUUUUUAUUCGGAUUCCGGCAUACCUAUGAGAAUUCAGUGAUACCCAGGUCCCCCUGUACCAUUUCUGGAUUCAGGUUCAGGUUUUUCUAA